AAAGAAAUAUAAUUAUUCAAUGCCGAUUGUCCAGAUAUAAAUUUGCUUAGUGGAAGGAUACAUAAUGAUUUGGAUACUCCUAUUUAUUUGCUUUUGUAACAUAACUAAUGGAUAUGGUGACCAGAAAAGUUCAGUACUUGCAAAAGAUAAAAGCAAAUCUGGUAACAGCAUUGCUCGAAGAAUUUUGGAAGAAAUUAAAUUCAGAAACGUUUCAAAACAAAAAGCCGAUAUUUUAAGUAAAAGUCGAGAUUUUGUGACUAGUGCAACAGAAAAACACGAAAGUGACACUUUCUCCUAUAUAUCUACAACGAAUGAUCCGCUAACUGUUAAAGAAACUUUUGAAAACAAAUAUGAAACCGAACGAGUCAACCGAAAUCGUAAUGACCAAAAACCAACAGAACAAGCCACUACGAUUAUUCCAGCAGCUAUUUCUGUUAUACCAGUAAGUCUGAUGGCUAAUCAAAAUGUUUUUUCUAGCACAAUUAGAGCAAAAACUGAAAAUAGUAUGAAUAAUAUUAAUAACACCGAAGAUAUUACGAGAACAGAGAAAAACCCUGUAGAAGUAGCAACUAUUCUAAAUAAAUUUAUAGAGUCUGAUGAAAUUCAAACAACAAAUUCUCUCAGAGAAGGUAUACCAAUAACGGAGAAUGAUGUAAAUGUGACCGUGAUUCCUUUGCAAGUCAAUAACAUGGACACACAAAAUAUAACAAAGCAAAUAUUAAGGUCAAAAAACAAUAAGGAAACACAGAACUUAUCUUACUUGAUUGCUAAAUUAAGCCACUUACAAAAAGUUAAAUCUGAAUCUAACAUUAUAGAGGAGAAGAAUAUUACAAAAGUUCUUGCUUCUAACAGGAAUCAUUCUUAUUUGAAUUCGAAAAAAACUGAUUAUAGCUUUGAAAGUGAUAAUGGAACAAUUUCUGGGUUAAUAAACCGAAGUGUGAAAUCCAUAAUCCUGAACUUUUCUAACAAUACAAUAAUGUUAACAUUUAUAAAAAGUUUAAAUAUUGGUUUAGACAAAACAAAUGGCUUCAAGGGCUUAGGAAAGCUUGGAGCUCAUAAUAUAGGUAACGAAAAACCCAAGCAGGAAACAACUAAUGCACAAGAAUGUAAAAACAUAAUAAAUAAUAUAAGAUCGUACGUGGCAACUGAAAAUCCAAUUUAUGAUGGUUAUGUUUCGCAAUCUAAAAAUAAUUAUUAUAGACAAUUAGACAAAUCUAAGAGGAUGAAAGAUGAUGUGACGCCAAUUUCAGUUGAUUACUACUUUGGUAGAAACGAAAACGAAAACGAGUUCGAUUCAGAUGAAGUAGUAGAUCCAGGUGAAGAAGAAUCAGUGGCGAUACUUAAGAAUGAUUACGUUGCGGUAAACUUUGAUAAGGACGCUGAUGCCUUUGGUCGCAGCCGCAACGAAGUUAUGCUGAGCGUACUUAGAGAUAUGAUAAAGAUGGACAGCAAGGCUCUUGUUGAAUAUCCGUGGCUUAAAUCUGUGCUCGAAGUGAGAUCUGGCAUUCUAAAAAUUAUCGACCUUAUCAAUUCAUAUGUUUAUAACCACAAAAUUCAUCGUUUGGAUCUGGAGUUACUAAAAUACCUAUUGUACCUCCACAAAUCGUCAAGCUUGAAACUGCAAAUAUCAGAGAGCAGCCCAUACAGCAGACCACAGCUGAGUAUGAACCCGAUCGAUCGGCAAGUGCCGAUCCUGAAGAACUUAUUUAAAAAUAUAAAAAAAGACGGAAGCAAGAGUGGAUCAGGAAAUGAGGAAGAUCAGCAACUGACUAUAAUGUUCGACCUACAAGACCUCAUGAAUGAAGUGCUCCUGUUACUUGAAAGUUUUCACAGAAAAAUACAGGAUUUAGCGCAAUACGAUUCAAAACCGACUCAACUAUAUCACAAGUUGAAGGAUGAUCUAGAGUACGCCGAAGAUCAACAGUUAAGGGUGGUUUUGUUGCAUAUCUCCCUGGCGAAACUCUUCGACUACAUCGACAGCAGUGCCCACAGAGUCAGGGAGGGUUUCUAUAACUACGUCCAGCAGCAUCCAGACAAAGUGAAGAGGGACCAAGAAACAGCCAUGACCAUAUUGAAUGUUCUAGAUGAGUUGCACUGGAAGUAAAAUGUUUUGAUUUCCUGUUAUAA